AUUGAACGUGUUCUGGGCACGAGAGCGAAAACGUGGUGAGAGGAAGAUCAAGAUGGCGGCGCACUGCUAAAUAUUUUUCUUGGACAUGUUCUGGAUAAUUUCUUAUCGUAAACAACAACGUAAUCCGUCUGCUCGCGUGCAAUAGUAAAACUCUGCCUCUAAAAGCUCCUUCGUCGAAAUGAACCACAGGAGUCGGAAGCGGAUUCGGGAGGCGAAGAAGGCGGCGAGGCCCGAGCUGAGAGGCAGCCGAGAAUGGUCGUCGGAAAACCUGAGCGAGACGUUCGACCUUUCCUUCGAGACGGUCAACGACAACGUCGAGCGGGUGGACGUCCGAUCUCUGACCGCCGAGGAGUUUGUCGAGCGCUUCGAGAGGCCGUAUAAACCCGUGGUGCUGACUCACGCCCAGGAUGACUGGCGGGCCAAGGCGAAGUGGACACUGGACCGCCUGAAACGGAAAUAUCGCAACCAGAAGUUCAAAUGCGGAGAAGACAAUGACGGCUACUCCGUCAAAAUGAAGAUGAAAUACUACGUAGAAUACUGCGAGACUAACAAAGACGACAGUCCACUGUAUAUUUUUGACAGCAGCUUUGGGGAACACACCAAGAAAAAGAAACUACUGACUGACUAUGAAGUCCCUACGUUCUUCAGUGAUGACUUGUUCAAGUACGCAGGUGAACCCAAACGCCCUCCCUACAGGUGGAUGGUGAUUGGUCCAGCUCGCUCGGGUACCGGGAUCCACAUUGACCCUCUGGGUACGAGCGCGUGGAACGCCCUGGUGGUCGGACACAAGAGAUGGUGUCUGUUUCCUACCAGUGCACCACGAGAACUUGUCAAGGUGUCAUCCCAAGAAGGUGGAAAGCAGCAAGAUGAGGCCAUCACAUGGUUCAGGCAAGUCUACCCCCGUACUCAACAACCCACAUGGCCUCAACAAUACAGACCACUGGAGAUCCUACAGGGUCCAGGAGACACAGUGUUUGUACCGGGCGGCUGGUGGCAUGUUGUACUGAACCUGGACACAACCAUCGCAGUCACACAGAACUUCUGUAGCCCCACCAACUUUCCCAUCGUCUGGCACAAGACUGUCCGGGGCAGGCCCAAACUCAGCAAGAAGUGGUACAGAGCUCUGAAGCAGCACCGUCCAGAGCUGGCAGAAGUUGCGGAUGCCGUGGACCUGAAGAAGGACACGGGGUUUGCGUCGGACAGCUCGUCCAGCGACAGCAGCUCCUCCAGCUCAGACUCCGUCUCAUCCUCCUCUUCUGACAGCGACUCGGAGGAAGAGCGCGGGAACAGCAGGAAGAGACAGAGACGCAUCUCCAGGUCGCCUGUUAGUCGGCGGCGGUGUGGUUGCGGAGAGGACACCGCCCGUGACGUGUGUGAGACUAAAGAACACCACAGUCACUCCGGCAGUCCCAGGAGAUGACGCAGGCUCAAACCAUCGUCCUACAUGACUUCCAUGACUUCGAUCUACUCAGACAACUGGACAACCAGCACCAGAUCUGUAGAAAACUGCAAAACAGCUUGUAAACGGACUCUAUGCUUAUGAACAAGA